AGCAGGGUCGGAGGAGCGGCGUGCAGUGGCGCCCCGACCCGACCGAGGGAGCGGAGCCCCAGCGGGGAGAGAGAGUGAGAGUGAGAGAGAGACACAGACGCUGCCUGCCCUGCCCUGCCCUGCAACCCGCCAGCAUGAUCCGCGGGGCCAGCGCCGAUCGCCGCGUGGUGAGGAGGCCGGCCGGCGGAGAGCCCAACGGCUUGUGGAGUGAGCCCGAGUCGCCGCCGCCGCCGCCGCCGGGAGGGCGAGUGCAGCGUGGAGAGGCGGGCGGCGGGCGGGACAAGGUGAACGAGGCCCGGCGCAGCACCGAGUCCGUGGUGUUUGACGACGGCACCGUCACUUUCUUCUGGAGAGCUCACACCUUGACUGUAUUAUUUAUCCUCACUUGUGCACUGGUUUAUGUUACCCUGUUGGAAGAAACUCCCCAGGACACAGCCUAUAAUAUUAAAAGAGGAAUUGUUGCCAGCAUUCUUGUGUUCUUGUGUUUUGGAGUCACCCAAGCAAAAGAUGGGCCAUUUUCCAGACCUCACCCAGCAUACUGGAGAUUCUGGUUGUGUGUCAGUGUCGUAUAUGAGCUGUUUCUCAUCUUCAUACUUUUUCAGACUGUUCAGGAUGGUCGUCAGUUCAUGAAAUUCAUCGAUUCAAAAUUGGGGGUGCCUUUGCCUGAGAGGGACUAUGGUGGGAAUUGUCUUAUUUUUGACCCAGGAAACAAGACUGAUCCAUAUCACAACAUUUGGGACAAAUUGGAUGGAUUUGUCCCGGCUCAUUUCCUGGGCUGGUACCUUAAGACACUAAUGAUUCGUGACUGGUGGAUGUGUAUGAUAAUCAGUGUGAUGUUCGAGUGUCUGGAGUACAGUUUGGAGCAUCAGCUACCUAACUUCAGUGAAUGCUGGUGGGACCAUUGGAUAAUGGAUGUAGUUCUCUGCAAUGGAUUUGGAAUCCUUUGUGCCAUGAAGACACUGCACUGGCUUUCAAUGAAGCCUUACCACUGGCAAGGGCUCUGGAAUAUUCACAGUUACAAAGGGAAAAUCAAGCGCAUUGCCUUCCAGUUUACACCAUACAGCUGGGUGAAGUUUGAAUGGAAACCAGCCUCAAAUCUUCGUAGGUGGCUGGCAGUUUGUGGAAUUAUUUUCAUGUUCCUGCUUGCGGAGUUAAAUACAUUUUACUUGAAGUUUGUCCUCUGGAUGCCUCCCGAACAUUAUCUCGUCUUGCUACGACUAGUUUUCUUUGUCCAUGUCGGAGGUGUAGCAAUGCGUGAGAUUUAUGACUUCAUGGAUGACCUGCAUUUCCAUAAAAAGCUCGGUCAACAGGCUUGGUUGGUAGCUGCAAUCACAGUGACAGAAUUCCUAAUAGUGCUGAAAUACGAUCCACAUACACUCACACUUCCAAUUCCUUUCUACGUUACCCAGUGCUGGAUCCUUGGUUUUAUACUGGUGCUGUCUUGGACAAUAUGGCGUUUCUUUAUACGGAAUAUCACGUUGCGAUGGAAGGAAACCAGACUUCAAAAACAAGACAAGGCGAAUGAAAAGGAAAAAGUGGGCAAUGGCAAUGCAAACCCUUUUAUAAAAAGCAAGCAUAAUGCCAGUGAUGCAAGGCAAAGGAAAUGUUGAAUGUUGUGAAGUAGGAACACUGACAACUAUGUACCAUCAACAGAACUGCAAGAAUGAGUUUCUCCAUUGGGUAACAACAAUGACACUCCAGUUGUUGGCUGAUAUAUACAUUUGUUACAUUCACUGGGUGUUUAGUGCUGCAAAGUCAAUAUAUUAAGCUAACUAUAUCAUAAUUUCAUGAAACUAAACCUGGCCAAUGUACAAUAUUUUGGAUCAAUGUUUCUUACACUACUUGCCAACUUACAGUUGUACAGACUAGUUCUAAUCACCCAGAGGUUUGUUUAAGCUCUAAAAUAGCAUGCGAAUGUGGAUUAUGAUCUAAUCACUAACUUGGUUAUCUCUUGCGAAGGAUUUAACUUAUUCCUUUAGUGGAAUUGUGAAGUGGCCAGCACUGUUGGAUCUAGGAGACAAUUCAGGCUUCCAUGCCUAAUACUUAUCACAAAAAAAAACUGCAUUCAACCUAGAAUGCCCUGGCAACCUGAUGUGAUUCUGAAUGUUGCUGGUUAUUUAGUGGUAGAAUUGCACUGAAACGGCAAAUAUUUUUAGCUUUAUUGCAAGCUGUUAAAUUAGUUCAACCUUUGAUCCAUGUAUCCAAUUAUGCAAUUGGAUACCUGGCUGCAUCUAACACUGCUGGCCAGUGUUUUGUAAGAAAACUUCUUCCUUAUAAUGCAUUGAAAAUUUUGGCAUCUUUGUAAAAACAUUUUUGUUUUCAUGAAAUUACGGCUUUCAAAUCCUUCAGCAAUAGUGACCAUGGUUUUGAAUUCUUAAAGCCAUGGUUAUAUAUAUGUCAUAUAUACUGUCAUUUCAUCCAGGAAUUUGAAUCACAUGUUUUUAUACUUGGAGUUAACUUAUAAAAUAGUAUGGGGUUUUUUCUAGUAUGCUUCCUUAUGCCAUUUUUUUUAAAGAAGCUGUUGAUUGUUUUCUCUGAACAAUGGGUACAGGAUGGAGUGGGGGAAAAGCAAAAAAAUGUACAGUGCUAAAUUUUGAGUUAACUAAAGUUAUCUGAAGCAUUUUGUUUUGAAAUAUCAAGACUGUUGAGUUUUGUCUAUAGAUUAUGAAAAUUAUAUUUGGUUUUAUAAGCUAAGAGGCCUUGUGAGAAGAAUAUGGUUAAAUGAAGUGUUGGACAUGCUCACUUUAGAGUAGUGCUCUGUGUACAGUGAAAUACUUGGAGGGUGCAUAUUACUGUCAGAUUUUAUAGCCAUGGUGGAUUCAUUCUUUUCUGAUUUAAAUGAAGUAUAGAUCCCUAGAUUUUGUAUGGCGCACAAAAUCAUAGGAAUCUAAGCAAUAAGAAUGUGUUUUCAAAGAAAAUAACCUACUUUAGCCUGCAGUUUCCUGAACAACGUGCUACUUAAUGUGAGGGUAUUGAUUGCUAGCUAUAUCACCUCUCAUUCAGAGGUAUCAUCUUCUUGAUAUUAUUUCCCUUUUCUUCCAUUGCCUGUAAUAAAUAGGAUACUGAAGUAGAAAAGUAACCCUUCACUGUUGAAAUGUAUCUCUUAAGGCUGUGCUAUCCAACUUCCCUCAGUUGUAAAAUAAGACCACAGUCAAAGUGGUAUUGAAAUAUUUUAUAGCAACCCAUGGCUGGAAGGUAAUCUUAUUCCUGAAGAAAAUACAUGCUACCAAGCUGAUCCUUUGGCUGGUAUCCCUGCCCUCGUGUAAUGUGAACUGCUUUUCAGGUGAUCAUCAUUAUAUUACCCUUCUACUCACUACAAAAUACCUUAUUCUGAGAAGUUGGUCUUCCCUGAGAUUAUGAUCUAUUUGUGAUAUAAACAGUUGAGGCUUUGAAAAUUGUCUCCAGUUUAGGCGGUGAAUGGACAGAUUAUCUUGCUCUGAAUUAAGCUUGUCCAUGCUUCAUUAUGAUGUACUAGUAGAACCUGAAUGUUAUUGACAUCAAUUCCAAUUCUCAGGAAAUCCACGUUACUUUUCUAAGCUUUUGUCACUGUAUUGUCAUAUCUGUUGAAUUGCUGAUGUUUGUAAUUACAUCUUCAGUGGACUUGAUUUGCAUUUACAUUGUUUCUGAGCACUGAAAAUUCAUUCCUGGAAAAUAUAUUUCAUUUAAACUAAUUGCUAAUAAUGUUCAUUGUUAUAUUUGAUUAAUGUGAAAAUCUUUACUGUAUGGUAAACUUCAAAUCUGAAGUUUGUACAUAAUGCUUUUUUCAGUUUUCCAAUAGUAGGUGGGUUUCUUGACUUUGGGAAUUUAUGAAAAUCAUAUUUUUAAUGGUACAGGCAGGUAUAAAUAUUUGGGACCAUCUUUCAGAUAUAAUGCUAAUGCGUGAAGAUUGUGUCGAUCGAGGGAGUUGAAGAGAGGUAGUUAAAUUAGCCAUUGAGGACUAGAAUUCCAUAGUAUUCAAAUCUUUGUAAAGAAAUAUCGAGUUUAAAGUAAUAAAAUGUUUGUUUCUAAUUAGAUUAUCAGAACUGGGAAUACAAUAGGAAAGCAUAAUUGUGUUCAUUGACAGUCCUCUCCUGCUCCAUCCCAUUUGGCUGUGGAGCACUUACAUCCUCUACCAAUUGGCAAGUGAUUUGGUUAUAAAAAUGCUGCUGUAGUCCUCAAAAAGUUAACAACUUAGUCUGCCCAAGCAAUGUGGAGUGAAACAGUACUGAACAUAAGGUGCCAUGGUGGGGGUGCAGGUAUGUUGGGAUGCUGGACAAAGUGCCUAAAUGUAGCCACUGUCCCUCUUGGCCCUUAAAACGCACCUUCAGUACUCUUUCCAUAUGUGCACAGAAGUACAUCAUAACCAUUUACUAAGCUGCAUUAUUAAUGGGCUGUUUUGAUUUAUAUUAUUAUACUUACACUUUAAAUCAUUUUGAGGUACAAACUUAAUCUUGAUCCUUUAUAUAAUUUUCCCAUUAUUAAUAAUAUCCUUAUUACUAAUGUAUAAUCUCUUGAAAACAUGGAUAGUUUUAUGAAUAUUUUUACAUUGUGAUGCUCAUCUCAACUGGUCUGAAGAAUUGAUUGUGGGAAUAUAUUCUAAAUAAACUGGAAUAUUAGAUUCA